GAAAGCAUAUACAGCAUGAGUUUUAUCAUGAAGCUUCACAGACACUUUCAAAGGACCGUUAUUCUGCUUGCCACAUUUUGUAUGGUGAGCAUUAUUAUUUCUGCAUAUUACCUGUACAGUGGCUACAAACAGGAAAAUGAACCCUCUGAGCUGAUGUCAGAAGUAGACUGUGGGGACUUCCAGCACCCACCAUACAGGCUCACGGAAGUCAAGACAAUGAAACUUUCCGACGCCCUGAAGACAGACCCCACGGUCCUGGUGUUUGUGGAGAGCCAAUACUCAUCACUUGGUCAAGACAUAAUUAUGAUUCUAGAAUCCAGCAGAUUCCAGUAUCACAUUGAAAUUGCUCCUGGAAAGGGGGAUCUCCCAGCACUUACAGAAAAAACUAAAGGCAAAUAUAUUCUCAUUAUUUAUGAGAAUAUAUUAAAGUAUAUAAAUAUGGAUUCUUGGAACCGAAGCCUGUUAGAUAAAUACUGUAUGGAAUAUGGUGUGGGUGUCAUUGGAUUCCACAAAACUAGUGAGAAGAGCCCACAGAGCUUUCAGUUGAAAGGUUUCCCUUUUUCCAUAUAUGGAAACCUUGCAGUAAAAGAUUGUUGUAUUAAUCCCCAUUCUCCGUUGCUUCAUGUGACCAAAUCUUCCAAACUUGAAAAAGGUUCUUUACCUGGAACUGACUGGACAGUGUUCCAGAUUAAUCACUCAGCCUACCAACCAGUAAUAUUUGCCAAAGUAAAGACUCCAGAAAACCUUUCUCCUCCCGUCUCUAAAGGUGCUUUUUAUGCCACUGUCAUAUAUGACUUGGGGCUUCAUGAUGGAAUUCAAAGAGUUUUUUUUGGCAACAACUUGAACUUUUGGUUGCACAAGCUCAUCUUCAUAGAUGCUGUCUCCUUCUUGUCAGGAAAGAGGCUGACACUGUCCUUGGACAGGUAUAUUCUUGUGGAUAUUGAUGAUAUUUUUGUGGGAAAGGAGGGAACAAGAAUGAACACCAAUGAUGUUAAGGUAGGCUUUUUAUCUCAAAGUUUCAUGAUUAGGUCAUCUCUCAGUGGGUUUACCAACUGUCUCGGUUUUUCUGGGGCUAAGGGAUUUCCCAGGAUGUGGGAUUUUCAUUUUAUUGGAAUGUCUUAG